AUGUCGGUUAUGGUGGCGAGGAAGAAGGUGGUUCGGAAAUGGGAGAAGCUGCCGGGCAGGAACACCUUCUGCUGCGACGGCCGCAUCAUGAUGGCCCGGCAGAAGGGCAUCUUUUACCUGACGCUCUUCCUCAUCCUUGGCACCUGCGCCCUCUUCUUCGCCUUUGAGUGCCGGUACCUGGCGGUGCAGCUGUCCCCGGCCAUCCCGGUGUUUGCCGCAGUCCUCUUCCUCUUUGCCAUGGCCACGCUGCUGCGCACCAGCUUCAGCGACCCCGGCGUCAUCCCCCGGGCCCUGCCCGACGAGGCUGCCUUCAUCGAGAUGGAGAUCGAGGCCACCAACGGGACAGUGCCACAGGGCCAGCGCCCGCCGCCACGGAUCAAGAACUUCCAGAUCAACAACCAGAUCGUGAAGCUCAAGUACUGCUACACCUGCAAGAUCUUCCGCCCGCCCCGUGCCUCCCACUGCAGCAUCUGUGACAACUGCGUGGAGCGCUUCGACCAUCACUGCCCCUGGGUGGGCAACUGCGUGGGGAAGAGGAACUAUCGCUACUUCUACCUCUUCAUCCUCUCGCUCUCACUCCUCACCAUCUACAUCUUCACCUUCAACAUAGUCUACGUAGCACUGAAAUCUCUGAAGAUUGGGUUUCUGAACACGUUGAAGGAAACCCCAGGGACUGUACUGGAGGUGCUCAUCUGUUUCUUCACCCUGUGGUCAGUGGUGGGGUUAACUGGGUUCCACACCUUCCUGGUGGCACUGAACCAGACAACCAACGAAGACAUUAAGGGGUCCUGGACUGGGAAGAACCGCGUGCAGAACCCCUACAGCCAUGGCAACAUAGUGAAGAACUGCUGCGAGGUGCUCUGUGGGCCUCUGCCCCCCAGCGUCCUGGACCGCAGGGGCAUCCUGCAGCAGGAGGAGAGCACAGCUCAGGAGCCCUGCCCACGGGGGCCCAGCGCUGCAGAGCCCACAGCGGGGCAGGCGGAGGAGAGCCGGGUGCAGCAGAAGGGUGCCAGCCCUCCUCACCCCCCUGCUGCCCCUGCACCGCCCCUGAGCACUGCGGAGAUGUCGGAGGAGAAGCAGCAGACGCCUGGGGAGCUCCUGGUCCCGUCCCGGGACGCUGGGCAAGCAGAGCAGUAG